CUUUGCUAUCAGGCAAGGAUGUGAACAGAUGUCCAGUCAUAUCACUAGAAAUAGCGCCUGACUGUAUAUAACUGGUGUUCUCAGACUAUCUCGUAGUUUCUUAAACAGUUGUCGUCCGCUGAUCCGCUUUGAUCAAGACCGCUGCAACAGACAAAACACAGUGAUAGACAUGCUGAUAAUUCUGUGUCUUCUGGCUCUGACCUCAUCCUGCUUUGGCAAGAGUUGGAUUAAUGUGGAGGGAUCCUUGAAACAUGUGUCAAUAGGAAGAGCAGGCGUGUGGGGGGUUGAUUCUGACGAUAGGAUCUACUAUCGUGAGGGUACAUACCAGGCGGCAUUGACCACAGGCACAAGUUGGACGCUCGUCCCCGGACUUCUCAAGCAGCUCGACGUCGGCAGAAACAUCGUCGUUGGCGUCAACAGUGAAAAUGAAAUUUUAUACAGAAAGGAUAUCAAAGGCCAAAAUCCUACAGGGUUGGACUGGGUCCAACUGGACGGUCGUCUCAAACACGUGACUGUGUCUCCCAAUGGCGCCAUCUGGGGGAUUAGUCCUGAUAAUUUGGUCUAUUUCCGGGAUGGCAUUAGCGUGCAGAAUCCAGCGGGAACUAGCUGGCAGCAGGUUGAUGGGUCCUUCACACAGAUUUCUGCAGGACCGUCUGGUGUGUGGGGGGUCAACGCUAACGACGACAUUUUUUACCGAGAGGGAACCUACGGUGGACACGUCACGGUGGGCAGUAGAUGGACCCAAGUUGAAGGAAAACUAGCAUACAUCACUUCCGGUUCAGGAGUGGUGCUUGGCGUGGACAGGGAGGAAAAGACCUAUCGCAGAACUGAAAUCAGUGAAGGAAAUCCCAAAGGAAAUAAAUGGCAGUAUUUGGUUGACCGACUGGUAAUGAUUGAGGAGUAUGGUGGUACUAUGUGGGGGACUGGCGGAGGAAAUGAUAUCUGGACAUCGCUCACCCACUAACAAGCCGCCAUAGCCAACAACCUCCUGAGUCUAGAUUUGUCUAUUCCACAAUGUUAACUGUUUUCGAAUGUUGCCAUUUCAAUGUAAAGGCUGUAACUUAGGUCUUUAACAAUAAAAAGUUAUUUUAUCUGA